AUGGGCCGCGGGCGGCCCCGGGAUCGCUGGCAGGUGUUUCGGGCGCCGGCUCUACCGGCUGCCGCAGCAGAAGUGCCCGGGAGGUGGGACAUGCAAGAGAAGGAAACCAUCAUCCCCGAGAGAGCAGAAGAGGCAAAACUCAAGGCCAAAUACCCUAACCUGGGCCAGAAGCCUGGAGGCUCUGAUUUCCUCAUGAAGAGACUGCAGAAAGGGCAAAAAUACUUUGAUUCUGGUGACUACAACAUGGCCAAGGCAAAGAUGAAGAACAAGCAGUUGCCAAGUGCAGGGCCAGACAAGAACCUGGUGACAGGAGACCACAUCCCCACCCCCCAGGACCUCCCACAGAGGAAAUCCUCGCUCGUAACCAGCAAGCUGGCAGGGUAG